CGGCCGCUUUAUUUUCGAAAUUCAAAAGUUUUUCUAUCGGCAGUGGUCCCAAUUCACCACAACGAGUUGUAUCAAAUCUACGCGGUUUUAUAACAAAUCGUCUAAGUAAUAUAUCCACAAACGAUACAGGUUGUGGCCUGUAUUAAAUGAAAACUGAUUUACAACAGCUAAAGAGCUAAACAACUGAAAAAACUACAACAAAAACUAAACUCUCACACAAAAUGUGCCUGAAACCUAAAUAAAAACAAAACAAAGAAACAAACGAGUUAUACAACAAACAUGGAUCAUCUUGAGGAUAAACCAGAAAACUUAAGAAAAGGAUAGUACAGUUAAGUAAUAUAUAGUCCUAGCAAGCGAGCGGCAAGAAGAUAAAAGAAAAACGACGACAACAAAGUACAAAAGAAACGCAAUUCAACAAGAAAACUUAUAAAACAAACGAUUUAGCCGUUAAGUUUAACAAGAUACAAAAUUUAAUUUUCCCCCUCCCCUCUACGUAAAUUCUUUUUUGUUUUCUAAUUUUACCUAUAAAGAAAUAAAGAAAAGGAUAUCAACAUGUCGUUUACCAUACCCGUUAUCAAUUUAGAGGUACGUGAGGUUAAGGAUAUAGUAUGGGAGAAAAUUCAGGAGCCGGUAAACCAAAGACGUUUAGUCUUGGUUAUAGUUUCCAUAGCCCUACUUCUGGACAACAUGUUGUAUAUGGUGAUAGUGCCAAUUAUACCCGACUAUUUGCGAGAAAUUGGAGGUUUCGAAGCACCCGAUGCCACUAUGGCACCUUUGCUUAGAGAUAAUGUGACGGGUAAGAUAAUACCUGUACAUCAUGACCAUCAUGGUCAAGAUUCGGCCACCGGUAUAUUGUUCGCCUCAAAAGCCAUUGUUCAAUUAAUGGUGAAUCCAUUUUCGGGCGGUCUGAUCGAUAAGAUCGGUUACGAUAUACCCAUGAUGAUUGGCCUUACAAUUAUGUUCUUUUCCACGGCGGUAUUUGCCUGUGGUAGUAGCUAUAGUGUUCUAUUCUUUGCCCGAUCUUUACAAGGUGCUGGUUCAGCAUUCGCCGACACUUCGGGUUUGGCCAUGAUAGCCGAUCGUUUUACGGAGGAAAAUGAACGUUCUCAAGCUUUGGGUAUUGCCUUGGCCUUUAUCAGUUUCGGUUGUCUAGUAGCUCCGCCUUUUGGCGGCGCUCUUUAUCAAUUUGCGGGCAAAGAAGUGCCAUUCUUGAUAUUGGCCUUGGUGUGCCUCAUCGAUGGUCUUAUGCUUCUGUUAGUUAUGAAACCGUUCAAAGAGCAACUGCAGCAAAGUAGAGAAGUCAAACAAGAGAUUAUACCCAUUUGGCGUUUGCUUAUGGAUCCUUAUAUAGCUGUGUGCGCCGGCGCCUUAACAAUGUCAAAUGUGGCUUUAGCUUUUCUAGAACCAACUAUAUCCCUGUGGAUGGAAGACAAUCUGACCACAGAUAAUUGGAAAAUUGGUAUGGUAUGGCUACCGGCUUUCUUCCCUCACGUCUUGGGUGUGGUGAUCACGGUCAAAAUGGCUAAAAAGUAUCCCCAGCAUCAGUGGCUAAUGGCAGCUGGAGGUUUAGCGUUGGAAGGUCUCUCCUGUUUCAUUAUACCAUUCUCGACCUCUUACCAAAUGUUAAUGAUUCCUAUAUGCAUUAUAUGUUUCGGCAUUGCCUUGAUAGAUACUGCCCUCUUGCCUACUCUCGGAUACUUGGUGGACGUGCGUUACGUAUCCGUGUACGGCAGUAUAUACGCCAUCGCUGAUAUCUCCUAUUCAAUAGCCUAUGCAGUGGGACCCAUUAUAGCGGGUGGAGUAGUAGAAGCCAUUGGCUUUACUGCUCUCAAUUUCCUUAUAGCGUUUUCAAACCUUCUGUAUGUUCCGCUACUAAGGAAAUUGCGCAAUAUCUACGACUUUAAGCCAUUUGAAAACGAGGCCAAUAUCCUUAUGCAAGAUCCCCCCAAUAAGGAAUACCAAACCUACGUUAUGCACGAUCAAAAGCCUAUCGAUGGCGAAUUCAAAAAUCACCUCGAAUACGGCCAGCAAUAUCAACAGGAUCAGCAAGAAACAAAUCUAGACGAUCAAACCUCGAGCUCUUAUGAUUAUCAAGCUCAGCAGGGCUAUCAACAGGAUGCCCAAUACGAACAGCAACACCAGCAAUAUCAACCGGGCUACCAGGAGCAAGGCGGUGGUGGUAUGUAUCAACAGCAGCCCUCAGAAACACGACAUCUUCCUCAGCAGCGUAUGGCAAAUCCCUUUCAACAGCAACAAUCGGAUGCCUCCAGAUCAUCUGCAACAGGUCCUGCUGGUCCAGCAAAUCCAUUUAGACAAGGAUUUUAAACUGUUGUCUUAUACAAAAUUAGUGGUAAUUUAUGUUUGUUUUUAUAUUUUUGAUCGUUUAGUCUAUAAGUUUCGUUAAGUUUACUUUUUGAUGUUUGUUUAACUGUUUAUUUCUGAGAAUAGUAAGUAUCUAAUUUAUUUUUCUUAGUUUCUGUAGUAAAUUAAAAAAAAACAUAAAAUUAAAGUGGUUCUAUUACACUAUAACCCUAGUUAUCUUGAAAUUAUAUACAAUUAUAAAAAAAUAUAUUCCAAAAAUAAAAAAUAUAACAAAUUUCUCAUGUGUAGUUAAGCAAGAAAUUUAUGAAAUUUUUUCAAAGAAAAAUUCUA